CAACAGAAGGGUUUAGUUUCAAAGCUCCAUUCUCCUGGGACUUUGGUUGUUUGGAUGAGUUGCUUCUGCAGUGGCAACGUUUGUGCAGGCACUUGGAGCAAAACUAUGGAGCCUCAAAGACAGAAUUUGAAGACAACAUUGCCAUUGUGUUUGGGAAGAUACCAGAUUUCUGAAGAGUAUGGCUUUCUUCUUCCAAAUCCUCUGAAAGAACUUCCUGAUUAUUAUCAGCCCUGGAUGGAAACUGCCAACAAACUUCCUUACUUGAUCGAGAGUCACCAGCUUCGUGCUUGUGUGCACAGGAUGCCGCUGCUGAGCUGCCGCCACCUGCAGGGCCACCGCCAGCAGCGCCUGGCACACCUGCUGCUCAGCGCCAUGACCGCCGGCUUCGUCUGGCAGGAGGGGGAGCAGAGGCCAGCGCAGGUACUGCCAAGAAGUCUUGCCAUCCCCAUUGUGGAAGUCUCUAGAAUCCUGGGGCUCCCGCCUAUCUUGGUCCAUGCAGAUGUGGUGCUGACAAACUGGACUAGAAAAGACCCAGAAGGACCUCUGGAAAUCAGUAACCUGGAGACCAUCGUAUCAAUUCCUGGGGGAGAGAGCCUGCGUGGCUUCGUGCUGGUGACGGUACUGGUGGAGAAAGCGGCAGUGCCCGGGAUUAAGGCACUGGCUCAGGCGAUCAGCGCCAUCCUGCAGGCCGACGAUGACGCCCUGCUCAAGGCCCUGCAGCGCCUGAGACUCUCAAUCGAAGACAUCACCAGAACCCUGGGACAAAUGCACGAUUAUGUAGACCCAGACAUAUUUUAUGCAGUCAUCCGGAUCUUUCUCUCUGGAUGGAAGAACAACCCAGCGAUGCCUGUGGGCCUGGUGUACGAAGGAGUCUCCACAGAGCCCCUGGAGUACUCUGGAGGCAGUGCUGCUCAGAGCACGGUGCUCCAUGCUUUCGACGAGUUCCUAGGCGUCCUUCAUAGCAAGGAAAGUGCUGACUUUCUGUACAGAAUGAGGGACUACAUGCCUCCUUUGCAUAAGGACUUCAUAGAAGAAAUCCACUCAGCUCCGUCCCUGAGAGACUACGUCUUAUCCCCUGGUCGUGCCUGCUGUCUGGAAGCUUAUAACCUGUGUCUGGAGGCCCUGGUGGAACUACGCAGCUACCACAUCAACAUAGUGACCAAAUACCUUAUCACAGCUGCAGCCAAAGCCAGGAGCAGGGGACCAAGCCACCUCCUCGGACUCCCGCAGGCUCUAGAAAACAGAGGCACUGGUGGGUCUACAGCGAUGAGCUUCCUGAAGAGCGUCAGGGAUCGUACUGUGGAGGCCAUCCUCCGCCCCCGGGGCCAGGGCCCACCUUCUCCCCAGCAGGGCAGAGCACUCAGGAGGAGUUAGGUGGGUUGGAGAAUGAGGGUCUGGGCUCUGCUCUGUAGAACACUAUGCUCUCACGUGUAGAGAGCCAUUGUCCUGAGAGCAGAGUUUAUGUGGCCGGAAACAUUCCUGCUGUAGCUCACCAUGACCAGCAGCAGCCAACAGCUGUGGACGCUUUCCUAUUCUGAGCCCUGCAUAGCUGCAGGAUCCAACUACUUGAGCCAGGUAAGAGAAAACCAAUCUAUGUUUCAAAACCCAAACAAAGUUGCCCAUAGACAGAUUACUUUGGUGAUAGUAUUUUCAAGGGAAAAAUUUACUUUAUUAAGUCACUCAGGGCUUCCUUUGACUCCGGAACAGACCUCUCUCCCUGCAAAUUGUGAAUUUGGUGGCUGGAAGUGGGGAAUGCACCAGUGGGACUGUGAGGGAAGAGCAUGUUGACAAUAAAAACUUGGAAGUCACAGUGAGAAAAUGAAUAGUUGAUGAUGUGGGGACCCGGGAGACUCUUCCACAUGUUAUACAGUUUUGCAAAUUCUAUUUUAAUCCCCUUCUGUAUUUUUAGAAGAAUGUUUUGUUCUCCAUACACUGCAAGUCUGUACUUGUAAUAUGAAUUCACUGACCCCUCAAAAGUGAAUGAGUCAAGUAAGAACAGGUAGUACAUUCACAUGUUCAAGUGUGCAAAUAAAAGGAAAUGUUUUUAUCA